UUUUAGAACCGUUUAGACGUGUUGUGUACGUGUGUGUACCACCAUCUGUGGACGAAGAAGUGGGACAAGGGGAGGCAGAUGGCAAUGGUGGCCGGGCUUCGGUGCUGCUUGCUCGGACACAAUCAGUGAUGAAUUAGUGCGUCAUCGCGGAGGGAUAUUUGUGUAUUUUAAAGGAACUAACAAUGGUUGACAACCGCUACGCCACCGCUCUGGUGAUCGCCUGCGUGCUCAGCAUCCUCGCUACCGUCUACCUCUCCGUGGCCGUGGGCACACAACACUGGUACGCGUACAGCAGCCCCACGAUACGUGAGGAGGCCAACGUGACCGAGCUACGGUCCCUCUACGAGGAGUUCGCCAUGGAAGGAGAGCUGGACGAGAAGACGUACAGCGACACCUUGUUUAGGCUCAACGGCACCGUGGGCCUGUGGUGGCGCUGUGUGCUCGUUCCAGACAGCCCUCACUGGUACAAGGAUGCAGGUGCCAAGAUGUUGUUGGAGUGCAGGAGCUUCACCGUGCAGCAACAGCUCACUCCAAAAUACAAGGAACCCGGCAACCACAACAGUGGAGAGGACUUGCUGCGAACAUACUUGUGGAGAUUCCAGUUCCUUCUCCCGCUUGUUUCUCUGGGAUUAGAAGUCUUGGCAGGCCUGAUCGGAUUCUUCGCCUGCCUUUGCCGAAGUCUCGCCCCGACACUCGCCAUCGGUGUACUUCACCUGCUAACAGGUCUUUGCUCCUUAGCCACAGUGUGUUGCUACUUAGCCGGGAUGGACCUCCUGCACAGGGUCUCAGUUCUCCCCGACAAGGUGGAUGGCUCGCUGGGUUGGUCCCUGUACUUGGCACUCAUGUCCUCGCCGCUCCACAUGAUGGCCGCCGCGCUGCUUGUGUGGGCGGCGCGCAGCCACAGUCGCAACUACUACCGCAUGAGCGCCUACCGAGUGGCCUAAAGCCCCCACCCACCCCCAAGCUGACAUGAUUGAUUUAUGACGCUACAGAGAGGAUGUGGGUUAAUCCAGGACCUGACGGAUUAUCAUGCAUCUCUUCAGGGAUCAGGGAAAACCCACUGGACGUAACAUUAGGGGCACUAGAAACAUUCUUUUUGUCAAUAAUAGCUGGGAUUUUAAUCACAAUAGAGCAGGUUUCAUUUGGUUAAGCAGCAAGCUUUCAUGUCUUGUCUAUACCACUUGUGUUCUCAAGAGGUGAUAGUGACUCACUAUUAUUAUUAUUAUUAUUAUUAUUAUUAUUAUUAUUAUAGGGCCACACUGAAAAGAAAAUUACAUAUUGACAAUGAAGUCGUCCUAUUACAAGAAAAAGCUUUUUACUUUACUUUUACGAGAAUAGUCAUAUUUUUACAAAAAAAAACAUCAGAAUUUUAUGGAAAUAGUUGUUUUUUUUUUAAGAAAUGUAACACUAUUCAGAUUAUUCAAAGGAACAAAAACAUUAUAUAAUGAGAAUAAAUGUCAUACUUAAAAAAAUGUAAUCUCAUGAGAGUAAAGUCAUUUUUACAGAAAAAAAGUGGAAAUAAAAAUAUGUACUAUAACAAGAAUGAGGUCAUAUUUAUAGUAAAAAAGUGCGAGUACUGGAGAAAAGUUAUUUUACAAGAAAAAAAGAUGUAAUAUAAUGAGAAUAAACGUUGUAAACAUAAAAAUAAAUAAAGAAUAAAGUCAUAUUUUUUUAUGGAAUAUGGUGGAAUUACCACAAGUAAUAUAACAAGAAUAAAGUAGUAUUUUGGGGGGGAAUUUAUUUUAUGAAAAAAAAAUAAUACAUGUAUUUUGGGAGAAAAAAUAUGUAAUUUAAUGAGAUUAAAAGUCUUUUUUUAAUGAAAAGUAUCAAUACUACUCUAAAAAAAAUACAUAAUAUAACAAUAAACAUCUUUAGGAGAAAAAAGAAACUUAUGAGAGUCAUUUUUACAAGAAAAACAUAAGACUACAAGAGAAAAGUUAAUCUAAUAUAAUAUCAUGUGAGAAUAUUAGACCUUUUUUUUUUUUAGAAAAAACAUCAAAUUAACAACAAAAAUUGCAUUAUCUUGAAAAUAAAGUCAGACUUUUAUUCGAAAAUUGCAGCAAGAAUGCUGCGACAAAAAUUGUAAUAGUAUCACAAGAAUAAAGUAGCAUUUUGAGAAAAAAAGAUUGAGAAAAAGGACAAUGUUGCAACAAAAGUCAUAUUUUAACGAGAAACGGUAGUAGCAGUACAGGAAAGACAGCAUCUUAUCAGAAUAAAAGUUUUACAAGAACAAGAUUACAAGAACAAGUCAUACUAUAACAAGAAUUUGUUUUCAGGUUGGUAUAUUACAAAAAAAAAAAAAAAACUUAUAAAAACAUAA